AUGUCGUCCUCCAAGCCCUUUAUCCUCUUCUUCAAUCCCGUCAGGCAUGCGAAAGCCUACUACGAGAGCUUGCAAGACGUUGCGCGAACAGAAGUGGUCACGAGCAAGUCGAGAGAUGAGUUCUUCAAGGACCUCGAGGGCAAAUACAAGGACAUAUCCGUCAUAUAUAGAACUUCGGCCAGUGGCGCUGUUGCCGGUAAGUUUGACGAGGAGUUCAUUCAGCACCUGCCCGAAAGCUGCAAACACAUCUGCCACAAUGGCGCGGGCUACGACCAGAUCGACCCAGAUGCCUGUCUCAGGAAGGGGAUCACGCUUACCUACGCCCCGGAUGCCGUCACCGAAGCCACGGCCGACUUGGCCAUUUGGCUCCUGCUGGGAGCGCUGCGGCAGCUCAACCCAUCACUAGCGUCAUUGAGAGCUGGCAAUUUCAAGAAGGGCAUAGACUUUGGCCACGAUCCGCAGGGCAAGGUGCUUGGGAUCCUGGGUAUGGGCCGCAUCGGACGCGCAAUAAAGAAGCGUAGCGACCCCUUUGGACUGGUCACGCGCUAUCACAACCGCCGGCCAGUGUCGGAAGAGGAGGCCGCCGGCGCCGAGUACGUGUCGUUUGAGAAGCUUCUGGCCGAGAGCGACAUCAUCAGUGUUAACGUGCCGCUGAAUGCCGGCACCAAGCACUUGAUCGGGGCAGACGAGAUCGCCAGGAUGAAGGACGGCGUAGUCAUCGUCAACACAGCCAGAGGCGCUAUCAUCGACGAAGCCGCCCUGGCCGACGCCCUGGAGAGCGGCAAAGUCGCUGCGGCCGGCCUCGAUGUCUACGAGCGUGAGCCCAUCAUCAACGAGAAGUUGCUGAGGCAAGAACGGGCACUGAUGGUGCCACAUCUGGGCACGCACACAACCGAGACGCUGGCCAAGAUGGAGGCGUGGGCGAUGGAGAACGCCAGAAGGGCCGUCCUCGGCGAACCACUUCUGUCUCCGGUUCCUGAACACGUCAAGUUGCAGUCAAAACAGACAAACGGAUCAGCGUAG